AUGAGUCCCACACCGCCAGGGACAUCCUCCUCGGGUCGCUCCCCUGAGGAGCAGUUCCGUGUCGUGCGCAAGAGGAACCGAAUCCCACUGAGUUGUUACCCGUGCAGGACACGAAAAAAAUGCGACAGAAGCCACCCAUGUAGCAAUUGCGUCAAACGAGAGGGCGAGGAUGUGUCGACAUGCUCGUACGCCACUCCGUCGGCACGCAAGAAGAGUUCUACCGCUAGCGCGUCAACCCCCGAUGAUAUGCAGAAUCGUAUCGAUAGAUUGGAAGGACUGGUGUUGUCCUUGAUGCACAACGGCAGCAGCGUCGAGGUUACCGCUUCGGGUGCUGCUCCAGGCGCUUCGUCCUCUUCCAGCCGAGCCAACACAACGCCCGGGGAAACCGACCCAUCACCAUCUGCCCUGGCGAAGCAGCAGACAGAAACAAGUAUGGAUGAUGCGGAGGACGACGACAGCGAUAUCGAUGAUGGCCUAGCUACGUCGCUUGGUGUUCUCAAGGUCGAUAGUGACAAGGGAAAGUCCAUGUACAUCGGACAAGAACAUUGGCAUCUCAUCUUGGCCGACAUUUCUGAGGUCAAGACGUACUUCAACAAUCAUAAAAAGGAACUUGAAAAGGGCUACGAGACCGUCAGAAAUUCCAAACCAGCAAGCGCAUCUGACGGUCCAACCCUUCUCUUUGGACAGUCGCGAGCCUCCCCAGAGCAGAUUCGGGCCGGAUUACCAUCGAAGACAAGUAUCCUUACACUAUGCGGAAGAUACUUUAACUCACUGGACAAUACGUUGACAGUAGUCCACGUGCCAGCCUUCCAACAGCAACUUCGAUCACAUUUCCAAAAUCCAAACGAAACCCCUCUGAUGUGGCUGGGCUGUUUGUAUGCAGUUCUCAGUCUUGCGCUGCACAGUUACAGCAAAGCUGGCGACGAACCACCUGAGUGGAAAGGCAGGGCGCUCGAUAUGGCUGCCGAGUACCGUUCGCGGACAGUACAAUGUCUUCUUGAGGUCGAUUACACGAAGCCGGUCGAAUACACGCUGGAAACCAUGCUGCUCUAUCUUAAUGGAGAAUAUUCAGCCCGAUUCGAUGCUGAUAUGGCACUCUGGCUUAUCAGUUCACUCACAACGAGAGUUGCAUUUCGAUUAGGCUAUCAUAGGGAUCCCAAGUGGUUUCCCUCGUUGACACCCUAUCAAGCUGAAAUGCGACGGCGCGUUUGGGCAACAGUCAGGAUGAGCGAUAUUUUCAUGUCACAACACGUGGCCCUGCCAGCAAUGAUACACGACCAAGAUUGCGACACGGAGUUGCCCAGCAAUGUUUUCGACGAAGAUUUCGGCCCCGAGACGGAAGUCAUGCCACCACCGCGCCCCCCAACGGAGCCCACGCCGAUCGCUUACGCUCUCGCAAAAGGCAGGCUGGGUCUUGAGCUAGGCAACAUCAUACAAGUCACGGGGAGGGUCGGCAGACAGGUGCAUUAUGAGGAAAUUCUCCGGUUCGACGCCAGGCUUCAGGGGAUCAUGGAGGAGUUGCCCCCACAUCUCAAGAUGACGCCGUUGGAAGGAUCGCAAGAUCCUGUAAGCCUGCUGAUGGCAAGAUUCAGCAUCGACAUCUUGUACCAGAAGAUCCUGCGCACUGCGAUAGAGGCCUCGUUGGUGACGCUGCAACACUUGGCCACCCUUCAUCGGGAAACUCAGCCGAAUGGAAGGCUGAGAUCGGUCAAGUGGUACAUCAGCUCCACGGCAACAAAGGACUUCCUGCUGCCUGCCAUGAUGGUAGUUAUGGACCUGCAUGUUGACAAGAGGGAGACUGGAAAGCGGCGCGAGUCAGAUGGAGAUUUCUUCUGGACGCCAGAGCAACGCAUGAACAUGAUCGGCAACCUUGAACUGACAAGAGACGUCUGGAAGGGACUCGCAGACACAUCAAUAGAGGCAUUCAAGGCCUCCAAAGUUCUCGAGAUCAUGCUGGAGAAGAUUAGGUCUCCUGAGCCGUCAGAACCUAUCCCUGAGAGCACAGGUCCGUUCGCGGAGGCAGAUACGUCUCAGGACAUGCACCCCGAGCACUCGGCAGCCGUCACGCUGGGUAUGCUUUCCGGCGGCAUGACGCCCAACACAGCAGCGGUACUUGCAAGCAUGCAGCAAGCCGAUAGUCAGACCACCUUUGGCGACGUGGACUUUGGCAUGUCGGGUGGCACGGGGAUGACGCCCAAUUUCCCGCAAGAUAUUGACAUGAAUGUGCCGCAGUCCCCGUUUUCCAUGUUUGGCAACCUGGAGGCAGGCGGGGACCUGAUGGCUAACUUUGACUGGAACGCUUUCGAAAGUUACACGCAAAGCGCGAAUUGGGGUACUGAGAACGGCUUUGGCUUUCUAGCGCCUCAGCCACCAGACCAGGCGCCAAACAGCCAAGCACAGCAACCCAACAACGGUAACAAGGGAUACACAUAUCCCAAUCCCAAUGCAUCUGGUUUGUAG